CACAUGAUGUGUGGAAAGGGAGGAUAGAAUAUAUAGCGCUGAAUAUAAAGCCAGGAAAGCACAAAGCAGCAGAGAGUGAGAAAGCCGGAAGGAAAAACAAGAUGAAGGGAUUCUCGGUGUCCAUCCUGUGUGCUAUGUGGAUGUGCCUUUGCCCCUGCGCUGAGAUGGGUCAGUCUUCACCGCGAGAGCGGCGAGGGCUCUUUAACAUGGCCAUGACCCUCUGGUGUUACCGCUCCAAACUUGCCAUUCCCCUUCUCAAGAUCAACAAUUACGGCUGCUACUGUGGAACUGGGGGCUCCAGCAGGCCCGUCGACCAGGUGGACCAUUGCUGCUUCCUGCAUGACUGCUGCUACCACCACACCAGGGUGACCCUCGGCUGUCACAGCCAAGUCAAGUGGAGUCUGUACAACUACACGUGUCGCAAAUCUCAGACGACGUGCAAGGGAAGGACUGUGUGCACCAGGAUGUCAUGCGAGUGUGACCGAGCUUUUGCAGAGUGCUUGUCCCGGGCAAAGCCCAGGGCAAAGCAUUACUUCUACAAAGCGGGGCUCUGCAAGGAGAAAAAAUCCGUUUGCCCAGUGGGCUUUCCCAGCUCCUCAACUAUCAUGAACUGGAUAAAGUAAGGCAUGUAAGCCUGAACCAACUCAAGCAUGAGGAAGCUGCAGCAUUUGUUCAAACUAGCCUACUACAGUAGGUCCACACUGAGGCGACUUGCUCACAGGUGAGGGGCACUCAGAAAGGUGGAAGUGUGCAGAAAUUGUAAAUGCCUGAAAUAUAUCAUUUUAUUAUAUAAUAUAUAUUAUCUUAUUAGCCACAAUACAUAUUAUUGCACAAUUUUCAGCUUUUGAAUUAAAAAUAUUUUUAUUAAUUCAUACUGUAUCAGUCUCAAAGGUGGCCCAGAAUAAAGUUAGUACAUGGUAUUACACUGCAUUAAUAGAGCAUGUCAUAGAGUCUGAUGCCAAAUUUGUUUCACAGUUAACUGUCAAUCUGAUGCAUUGAAGCUUGAUCAGGGGCAGAUAUCACACAAGAUUCCUGUUGCUUUAGAUUUUUUGAA